AUGGCUUCAUCAGCAGCAUUGAAAUCAGGCAAAAAGGAGCUCCGUCUCUCGAUUAAAAAGGUUCUGUCUACAGUUACAAAUGAGUCCGUACAUACUCAAAGUGCGGCUGUUCUUCACAGACUCAUCAAUUUCAAACCAUAUCAACAGGCCAAACGAAUAGGGAUAUAUCUUGCUAUGCCGACUGGGGAAUUACAAACUGAUGCAAUUGUAAGGCACGCUUUGGAAUCUGGCAAACAGGUCUUCGUACCUUACCUUCAUAAAUCUACUUCUCAGUCACCUGAUACACCCCGUUCCGUGAUGGAUAUGGUGGACCUUCGUAGCCUUGCAGAUUUUGAAGCCUUGAAAAGAGAUAGUUGGGGAAUUCCCACGAUCCCUGCAGAGACUGUGGAUGAACGAGAAAGUAUAUUGAAGACUGUUUCGAGCAAAGGUGGUCUAGAUAUGAUACUGUUGCCUGGGGUGGCCUUUGACAUUGAUCCUAAAAGCAACUUCAUAAGACGCCUUGGUCAUGGCAAAGGUUUCUAUGACUACUUCUUGCAUCGAUACAGGCAGCAGUCAGGGUCACAAAUGACAGAUCCAGCGAAUCCAGGAACAAAUGUAUUGCUCUAUGGUUUGGCUCUUGAGGAGCAAUUCUUGAAUUCUGGAACAGAAAUCUCAGUACCAGUAGGAGAGCACGAUAGUCUUCUCCACGGACUAUUGUUGGGAGAUGGUGAGAUUAAAGAUGGUCUUGUGUCCAGAGAAUAG